UAUGGUUAGCAUACCACAGUCAGUUCGGGCUUUGUACCAACAGUUUGACUUCUUCAACUCAAAAAGGACUAUAUUGGAGACACCAUCAUGGCGGCGUUACUGUUGUUGGCCUUGGCCUCCGUUAUUUCCAUGGGAUACUGUGAUAACUACACCGUCACAAAAGAAGCCUGGUUUGAUAUUGAAAUCCGGGAUUAUGACGGACCCGGAGAGGACUACAGGGGAAGAUUUGUGAUCGGACUUUUCGGAGAAACUACACCAAUGACAGUCAUGAACUUCGCCUCCAUCACAAACGGAUUCGAGCGCAAGGACAAAAAUGGGAGGAAGGAAAAGCUGACAUACAAGAACUCAGUCUUCCAUCGUGUUGUACCAGAUUUCGUAAUCCAGGGAGGAGAUAUCACUGUCGGUGAUGGCACAGGAGGCAAGAGCAUUUAUGGCUCCAAAUUCGUUGACGAGAACUUCAUCCUGAGCCACAAAGCAGCUGGUUACGUAUCCAUGGCAAAUCACGGUCAAGACUCAAACGGCUCUCAGUUCUUCAUCAUGCUGACUAAGGCCAGAUGGUUGGACAACAAGCACGUCGUCUUCGGCAAGGUCGUCAAGGGAAUGGAUACCGUCCGUGCCAUUGGAGAUGUCAAGACAGAUAACUUCGCAAAACCAAAAACCAGGGUCAAGGUCAUUGACUGUGGCUGUGAGGACGUUAAGAAGUACACUCUGACCGAGGACGAAACAAAGUCCGACGAGGAUAUUGACAGAGAAUAAACUUGAACAAAGACAGUAUAAAAACAACGGGUUGUAUGGAGGAGACGUUGUUGUCUCUCCUACAACAGACACAGUUUGCUUUGACUGAGCGAAACAGUCACGUGUCACUCACUACAAAUGUAUGAGGGGUGAAAUAUAUCUCUUUUGAUGCCAUCUUACGGAUGUUCUGAUGAUGCCAAAAUUAUAUUGGCAUAUUUAUAUUGGUAGAAUUGGUUGAAAAUGGAUAGAGUUUAUAGACCAUACUGUAGAUUAAGCUUCAUUUGCAUGAUCAUUGCAGAUGUUGUUGCUACAAAAAAAAGAUAUGUAUGUAUUCAAAUUAGAAGGAGUAGAAGUGAAUCAUGUGUAUAAAUUUGUAUGUUUAUUUGUGUGUAGUGAUUUUCUUUACUGCGGCAUUUGAUACUUAAAGUAAGGACCAGAUUAUGAGCAUGUACUCUUCUGUAUGAAGAAUGACUUAUUUCUCUGUUCCGCUUACGCUUAUUUACACUUGAUUGGUUGUAUGUAUGUGUGUAUGCAUGGAUGAAUGUCUGAU